UAUAAGAAGGUGUAGGAGCACACUGACAUCCUCCACAUUGUGUUGAGCUUCACACAGCCGUCGCAGCCUCCGGCCCACCUUGGUGAAAGAAACAUGGACUUCAAUGGAACAUGGCAGGUCUACGCUCAGGAGAACUAUGAGGAGUUCCUCAAGGCCAUGGAACUCCCAGCAGAUGUGAUUAAGAUUGCAAAGGACAUCAAGCCAAUUACUGAGAUCAAGCAGACCGGUAAUAGCUUUGUCGUCACCUCCAAGACCCCCGGAAAGACUGUGACCAACUCCUUUACCGUCGGCAAGGAGGCUGAUAUCACCACCAUGGACGGCAAGAAGCUCAAGUGCAUUGUCAAUUUGGAGGGCGGCAAACUGGUCUGCAACACCGGCAAGUUCUGCCACAUUCAGGAGCUCCAAGGAGGAGAGAUGGUUGAGACUUUGACCAUGGGCUCCACAACUCUCAUCAGAAGGAGCAAAAAGAUGUAAACUUGGCAGUGAGGAAACCAGUGUCUAUUUAAAUAAAAGUGUUGCUUAAUAA